GAGCCGGGUUGGGGUGGCUUACGGAUUGCAACCUCCUCCUUCAACCUAAAACCCUCAUUCUACCUCUUUGAAUUGGGACGCAACGAAAUAAACUUCUGAUUACAGUAACUACGUCGCUGCAGGCACAGCUCAAUCCCUAGAAGUGAUCAAAUUUCAGGGCUGAUACCAAACCAUGGUUCAAUAUAACUUCAAGAAGAUCACUGUGGUGCCUAAUGGGAAGGACUUCGUUGACAUAAUCCUCUCUCGCACGCAGCGUCAGACACCAACCGUUGUUCACAAAGGAUAUGCAAUUUCACGCCUUCGCCAAUUCUACAUGCGCAAAGUCAAGUACACUCAGCAGAAUUUUCAUGAAAAGUUGUCUACCAUUAUUGAUGAGUUUCCUCGCCUCGAUGAUAUUCACCCUUUCUAUGGCGAUCUCUUACACGUACUCUACAACAAAGACCAUUACAAGCUUGCUCUUGGACAAAUCAACACUGCCAGGAACCUUAUUGGUAAGAUUGCUAAAGAUUAUGUCAAAUUAUUGAAGUACGGCGAUUCCUUGUAUCGAUGUAAGUGUUUGAAGGUGGCUGCUCUUGGCCGCAUGUGUACUGUGAUUAAGAGGAUUGGCCCUAGUUUAGCUUAUUUAGAACAGGUUAGACAACACAUGGCUAGGCUUCCAUCCAUAGAUCCUAAUACAAGGACUAUUUUGAUAUGUGGGUAUCCUAAUGUUGGCAAGAGCUCUUUCAUUAACAAAAUUACUAGGGCUGAUGUGGAUGUGCAGCCCUAUGCUUUCACUACCAAGUCCCUCUUUGUAGGUCAUACGGACUAUAAAUACCUAAGGUACCAGGUAAUUGAUACGCCCGGGAUUCUGGAUAGGCCUUUUGAAGAUCGUAAUAUUAUUGAGAUGUGCAGUAUAACCGCCUUAGCACAUUUGAGGGCUGCAAUUUUGUUUUUCUUGGAUAUCUCGGGGUCUUGUGGUUACAAUAUUGCUCAACAGGCAGCUCUAUUUCACAGCAUUAAGUCUUUGUUCAUGAACAAGCCGCUGAUUAUAGUCUGCAACAAGACUGACUUGCAACCAUUGGAGGGGGUGCCUGAGGAAGACAUGAAGUUGGUCAUGGAUAUGAAAGCUGAAGCCUUGAAGACUCUGGUCGGUCAAGGAGGUGAGGCUACGGAUGAUGAUAGUGUGUUGUUGACCAUGAGCACUCUGACAGAAGAAGGGGUCAUUGCAGUAAAAAAUGCAGCAUGUGAGAGGUUAUUGAAUCAGAGGGUGGAGAUAAAAAUGAAGUCAAAGAAAAUUAAUGAUUGCUUGAAUAGGUUUCACGUUGCAGUACCUAAGCCUCGUGACCAGAAGGAAAGGCCGCCAUGUAUCCCUCUGGCAGUUUUAGAAGCUAAAGCUAAGCAAGUAGCAGAGAAGGAAAAGAGAAAGACUGAAAAGGAUCUGGAGAAUGAAAAUGGUGGGGCAGGUGUAUACUCAAUGAACCUUAGAAAGAGUUAUAUUUUAGCCAAUGAUGAAUGGAAAGAAGAUAUACUCCCAGAAAUUUUGGAUGGACACAAUGUGUACGAUUUCAUUGAUCCUGAUAUUCUGCAUAGGGUCGAAGAAUUGGAAAGAGAAGAAGGGUUGAGACAGUCAGAAGCUGAAGAUGAUGAUUUUGAGAUUGAUGGAACUGAAUUGACGCCUGAACAGCAAGCAGCUUUAGCUGAGAUUAGGAAAAAGAAAAGCUUGCUCAUCCAGCAGCAUAGGGUGAAAAAGAGCACUGCAGAGAGCCGGCCAACUGUUCCAAGGAAAUUUGAUAAGGACAAACAGUUCACAUCAGAAAGGAUGGGAAGGCAGCUGUCAUCUUUGGGGCUUGAUCCCACUUUGGCAAUUAAUAGAAUGCGCAGCAGAUCUGUCUCUAGGAAAGGUCGGAAAAGGGAAAGAUCACCUGAAAUGAGAAGUGUUGAUGGUGGAGAUGGGAUGGACAUUGAUGGUGACACACCUACCAAAAAACAGCGUCUGAGUAGAUCAAGGUCACGGUCCAGGUCAGUGUCACACCUACGAAAUGAAGUUGUGCCUGGAGAGGGCUUCAGGGAUUCUGCCCAAAAGGUCAAGGCAGUUAAACUUGCGAAAAAAUCUGUCAAGAAGAGAAACAAGGAUGCUCGUCGUGGUGAAGCUGAUAGAGUCAUACCUAAUCUAAAGCCCAAACACUUGUUUUCUGGAAAGCGCUCCAUUGGAAAAACCGAGAGACGUUAAAACAGGUAUGUGCCUUGCCUGUGUAGCUUGCCUUAUUUAUCAUGUAGCACUGUACCAGACCAAAAAAUUCAGCACUUGCUCAUGUAGUUGGCCAUUGAAUACUUUUGUCACAAAUAACUACCCAGCUUUAUUGAUUAGUAACUGAUUUUCCUUGGCAUGCAUUCUUUACAUAAUAUGAUAUACAUGUUUUGUGAUCUUAGGAGUUGGUUUUCAGUGUUCCCAAGUCACUGAUGUCAAUAAAUUAUUUUCUCUGUAGGGAAUGCUGAUUUACGCUUUUCAGAGAGAUCUGCUGGCAUUUUUGUUGCUGCCAAGAAUUUUGUUUUGUUUUGUUUUGUUUUUUUUUAUUUUAUAUUAGUUGUGUUUUGUUGGAUUUUAAGGUGCAGCUAUACCACCAUGUUUACUUAUACACCUCUGCCUAAUUUUAUUUUACUUUUAUUAUUCUACAACUUGUCAUUCUGUCGGACUUUAUUUAUUUUGUUCAAUUUUGUAGGCUAUGUGUAAUCAAAGAAGCUUCUGUUUCAUUUUUUUUGAGAAAACAUUU